AUGUCGAAGGAUAAUAACAACUUGCGGCUGCUUGGCUCUCCUGUAAAUUUGUCAAACAGAGGGAAGAAGAAGGACGACAAGAGGAACGGACGGAGUCGACCACGGUCUGCUUUGCAGAGCACUUGCAUCACACCGGAGAAUCCAGAAAGAUACAAGCGCCCAUUUUCAGCAGAUGCUAAAGAACGACAACCUACAAGAAACUUUUUAAAGCAAUUUAGUGCUGAAUUACUUAAGUCUUAUAAUGACUCACCUGUUUGUCUAAAAGUAUUACCACCAACAACUGAACUAUUAGGAGACUCCAAAGCUGCUGAUAACCAAUCAAAAAAUAAUAAAGAAAUAUGUAGCAACGCUUCAGACUAUGGUUCUGAAGAUACUUACAUAAGUUUAGGAACUAAAAUAAAAGCUAAGGCUCAAUUGGGUGCUAAACCGAAAACUAGCAACUCCAGAAAUUUUUUAAGGUUUAGGAACGCUGUUAAAAAAGGGCGCAGACCUAUGGAGAACACAAUAAAUGAGGAUCAGAAUAGCCAAGAAUAUGGUUUGCAGGUGAAGUUAAUUGAAAGAACACCAUCACCCACAAGAAACAAAAAUUUAUAUCAUGGCAGGAGUCGAUCUCCACCGUACAAGGAACAAGCUUAUGAGUCUUAUUUUCUAUCUGUUGAUGAUAAGAGAGACUCUGAGAUAGAGCAUGGCUCUAUAGUAGUGUCUAGUAUACGCUCUGAUGUAGAAGAUGACAUAGACACAUAUAGUAGACGCUUGACAAUCAGUAAACAGCAGCUAUCUUUAGUUGAAGAGGAGUCUACUCAAGAUGUAGAGAGUGUUCCUUCCCAGAACAUGUCAAGCUUAUCGCCCGAAAAUCCUUUUGAAGACAAUCUCCACAAAGGUCAUACAGAUAAUAACUUGACCGGUCAUACAUCUUAUGUUGUGGAUGCCAAAGAUACAAGUGAAUAUAAUAAAAUUACAAACAGUUUCAUGUGUGAGCCCAGGACUUACACUAGCUUUUAUGAUGAUUUUCGUGCAACACCGAUUGAAACCUAUAGGACAAAGUUAUCUAGCACCAUAGUACAUACAGAUAGUUCAUCAAAAGAUUCUGGGUAUCCAGAUAGUGGAGCGAAUGACGACAAGUCUUACAUGCAGAAUUAUUCAUUGCCUUCAACAUCGAUAUUGAAAAAAUCAACGUCACAUGAUAAAAUUGGAGACCAACCCAAAAGUUUAGACAGUACUAUCUCUUCAAAUAGUAAUGAAAAAGUCUACCAGAAAACGUUUCCUUUAGACAAAAACCAAUGGUCAGAACCGCUUAACCACAGCCGUUUGCUCUAUAAAGACUUCUUCUUAAAAAAAGAAGGACACAUUACAUUACCUCCACAAAACUCUCCCGUCAAGACAAAAGCCGAUAUGCUUGGCACUAGUGAAGUUGCCAAUGAUAAACCUGAACAUGAAAGUGAAAAAUUAGAUUAUCCACCUUAUCUGUUAAAUAGUACUACAAAAGCGUAUACGUCUAAAGUUAUCGAGGAUUACAAAAAGGAACUUGAAGCUAUAAACAAUCUCCAUGAACUUACUAUAAAAGAUAUCAAGACUGAUGCAGUGUCUCCUACGCCGCUCAACAUAGAUAAAAUGUUUGAAGACGCAUCUAAUUUUGAAAUCAAACAAGACAACUCUGAAAGGUCUGCAGAUGGUCAACCUGAUCAGCCUACAAAUAAUAAAAACUCAUUGGACAGCAAAAGAGAUGUGUCGAAAAUUUCGACAAAAGAAUUGAUACAAAAUUAUUGGAAAGUAAAGGAAGGGGAUUACAAAAAUUCAUCUACAAAUACAAAAAAAACUGAAAGAAAAACGAACAAUGUUGGCGUAGGUGAAAGUUCUUUAGGAUAUAAACAAGAGUGGAAUAACAGAUAUACGAAAAGUGGUGGCAAAAGUACCAUUCCUGUAAAUAUAAGGAAUCAAACACAAAAUCAAAAAAAUUCAGUUGCAAGUCGGGCUCCACUUAGCGCAAGAAUAGAUAGAGUGCAGAACGAUAAAGACAUUGAAUCCUGGAUGUCUUUGUCUGCCCCCUCACCAAGAUUGUUGAAUAUUGAAGAGUUAGAUAGGGAAGGGACUCCAAAGCCAAAGCCGCCUACGCAGGAGGAAAACAUUGAACCUAUGAAUUCGAAUUUACCUACACCUGUUGCUGAGAAAGAAAGCAAAACUCUCGAGUUAAGUUCUAAGUCCACAGUGUUUGACAUUUACUCAAUGUUAAAAGAAAUCGAGAGUUACGGUGAUAAUCCGGUGACAUCGGUUACCAAUACGAAUCUCAUUGAAACAGAAACUAUCAAGGAAGAAAGGAGUUCUUCACCUAAAGAUAACUUUAUGGAAAUAUUCGAAUUUCUGGAGAAAGUGGAACAGAGUGCUAACGAUGCUUUGUCUGUAGUCACUAACACUACUCCGAAUAGUCUACCAAAGCUGGAAACUUUGUUGAAGCUGCCCCAAACAGAACUUGCUCAGAGGCUAGUGACUGCUUCUUUACAACUAGAAGAAAGAUCAUGCUGCAUCGCCCUGUUACAAGAAAGCUUAGCCAACCAUAAAGAACAGAUGAUCAAUAAAGUGAGCAAUUUGGAGAAGCAGUCGAUUCGGAAUAUCGCAAAGGUGAAGCAGGAAUGUGAAGAAACUAUCAAGAGACACCAAAACUUCAUUGAUCAGUUAAUUAACGACAAGAAAACGCUGAACCACCGUAUUGAACAGCUGGUUGAUGAGCGGCGGUCGUUAGAGGAGCGCUGGAAGCGAUCUGCGCAGGCGCUGGAGGAGCGAUACAAGCUCGAACUGCGGAACCAACAUGAUAAGAUGCAAGCUGCUCAACAGGUCGCAAGACAACGUUGGGUUAGACAAAAGGCGGAGAAAAUUAAGGAACUAACGGUAAAAGGUUUGGAAGGUGAACUAAGAGAGAUGGCGGAGAGACAGCAGAAAGAGAUAUCGGAUCUGAAGAUGAUGCAUGCGGAACAGAGUGGGCGCGCUCAUGCCAAACAUGCGCAAGAACUUGAGGAGUUAAGGAGAACACUUGAGGAUGAGAAAGAAGCUGCACUGCUGAAGGAAAGACAGUUGGCUAGUUCUAGAUUAGAGAAACAAAUACUAGAAAUAGAGUUAACAUAUCAGGAACAACGUACUCGACUUGUAGCAGAAAUGAGAGCGGAAAACGAGAGAGUCGCCGCGGAGUUAGCUGCCAAAGAAAACAAGCAAAGGGAACAGUUUGAAAAAUGGAGAGAAGAACAGGAGAAGAUGGUGGAUGAAAAAAGAAAGGAAAUGGAACAACAAAUUGAAAAGGAAAAACAGAACAACGAGGAAAAAAUGAAACAAAGAGAAGAAGAAAUCCAGAUACAACUGGAAGACUACAAGAAAACAUUGGAGAAGGAACAGCAGGCUCAGAUCAAACGUAAAACACAAGAGAUCGCGGCGCAGUUCAAGCAAGAGAGAGACAAGGAGAUAGAGAAGGCUAUUGAGAGUAUGGAUGCAGAGGCUCAAGCUGGGAGGAAGGAGUUACAUGAUGCGCUCAGGAGAAAUAAAGAGCAGUACGAGGCGGAGUUGAAGGAGUUGGCGGAGACGGAACAAGCCACCCUGAGACGGUACCAGGAGGCACAAGCUAGGGUGCGGCAGACCGAAGACAAAUGUGCCGAACUAGAAGUAACUAUUUCUCAACUGGAAACUAGAAAUCGACUUUUAACUGAAAAAACCAGUCAGCUGGAGGCUCGUGCCGAGGAGGUCCGCGCGAGCUGCGAAGAAUCGUGGAAGAGCAAGGUGGAUGCGCUCAAGAAAGAGAUAGAGGAAAUGAAGAAGACGCACGAAGAACAAAUGCAUCAACUUUAUGCCAAGGUGAAGGUAGCAGUAGCUCGCAAAGACUCAGCUAUUCAAGCGUUAACAAGAGAAGCUGGCAAAUACCAAGAGAAGAUAACAUUACUAGAGCAGAAGCUUCAACAGCAACGGAAAGACUUUCUAAAGCAUAAGUGA